GUGCGGAUUUUCUUUGCUUUUUUUUUUUCUUCAAGUGGGAGUGUGAAGAAGCUUUUUUGGAGGACGGAAAAGUUCGUUUGGAAGCAUGAGCACAUACGGCAGCGUCCUCGGCUAACUUUGAAAAGCAAGAACGAGAAUGAAGUGACUUACUUACAUUGGGGCCAUAUCGAGUCCUCACAGGAAAGAUGCGGGCGACCUCCAUCACAUCGCUGCUCCUGAUACUUUGUGUUAUACGCCUGCACCGCAGCCACUGCCAUAUUUGGGAAGAGCAGCGAUAUGAAGACACCGUCGACACCGACAAAGUCGAAAACGACACGCCGGCGGCCAAAGGAAGCAGGAAGCAGCCGCACAUCAUUUUCAUUCUCAUCGAUGAUCAGGGCUUCAACGACAUCGGCUACCACAACCCCAGCAUCAAGACGCCCACGUUGGACAAGUUGGCGGCGGAGGGCGUCAAGCUGGAGAACUACUACGUCCAGCCCAUCUGCACGCCCUCGCGCAGCCAACUCCUCACUGGCAGGUACCAGAUCCACACGGGUCUCCAGCACUCCAUCAUCAGGCCGAGCCAGCCCAGCUGCCUCCCCCCCAACAUGGACACGCUCCCCCAGAGGCUGCGCCAGGCCGGCUACGCUACGCACAUGGUGGGCAAGUGGCAUCUCGGAUUCUACACGAAGGCGUGCCUGCCCACCAGGAAAGGCUUCGACUCCUUCUUUGGAUCCUUGACAGGAAGUGUGGACUACUACAGUUAUGGGUCGUGCGACGGCCCCGGCGUGUGCGGGUACGACCUCCACGACAACGAGAGCGUUGCCUGGGGUCACCAGGGCAAGUACUCCACCACGCUCUUCACGCAGCGAGCUCGUAAGAUCCUCCAGAGUCACAAUCCCGCCCGGCAACCGAUAUUCCUGCUCCUCUCCCUGCAGGCGGUGCACACGCCGCUGCAGCCGCCCAAGUCGUACAUCUACCCGUACCGCGGCAUGGCCGACGUGGCGCGGAGGAAGUUUGCCGCUAUGGUGUCGACAGUCGACGAGGCGGUGCGCAACGUCACCUAUGCGCUGCGCAAGUCAGGCCUGUACCGCAACAGCGUCAUCGUCUACUCCACUGACAACGGGGCCCAGCCCUUCACUGGCGGGAGCAACUGGCCGCUCCGGGGACGAAAGGGGACGUACUGGGAGGGAGGCAUCCGCGGCGUGGGGUUUGUGCACAGCCCAUUGCUGCGGCGACGGAGGCGAGUGUCCAACGCUCUCCUUCACAUCACCGACUGGUUCCCCACCCUGCUGGCCCUUGCCGGAGGAAACGUCAGCGAGAGCCAAGGCCUGGACGGCUUUGACGCCUGGGCCGCCAUCAGCGAAGGCAAAGAGUCUCCUCGCCAAGAGAUCCUACACAACAUCGACCCGCUGCACAAGGCCCCCGCGCCGCACGGAGACGCAGAAGACACUCUCUUGAAAGGGUUCCAUAAGCCCAACAAGAGGAAGAAGCAAAAUAAAAAGAAGAAACCUCUCAAGCAGCGCUCCAAACAAAAGUCUGCAUUCAGAUCAUCAAAGUCUAAAGGCACAAAGAAGUUAUACUCUGAGGUCAAAGGUCGCCCAGACUACUCCAUCAUUCGUGCGACCCGCAUGAAGGAAAACGCAUCAAAGCCCAAGUCUAGAAGGAUGGCCUGUCCGGAACACAACCUAUCAUGGACCGAAAGCAAGGUCCGGUCUCGCCUCAAGGCCAAACGCUCUUCUCAACCUACACCACACGCUUCACCCGAGUACGCGAUCCCGCCCGACGGCACUAACGAGUCACCCGCGUGGGACACGUCGGUCCAGGCGGCCAUCAGGGUCGGAGACUGGAAACUGCUCACCGGAGACCCCGGACACGGAGAGUGGGUCCCGCCGCAGGUCCUGCCAACGCUGGCAGGUCGCUGGUGGAACCUGGAAAGAGCAUCUCCGUCGCACCGGAGCCAAAACAGCAGCGAGGGAGUUAAAAGCGUUUGGCUGUUCAACAUCAGCGCCGAUCCGUACGAGCGCCGUGACCUUUCCCGCCAGCGCCCUGAGGUGGUGCGCUACCUGCUGACCCGCCUCGUCCACUACAACCGCACCGCCGUGCCCGUCCACUUUCCACCCGACGACCCGCGCGCCCACCCCGACCGGCACGACGAUGCCUGGGUACCUUGGAUGGACCGGGACCAGGACCAAGGUAAGAUGUCCCACCAGAAGGUCCAGCAGAAGAUCAGAAAGAAGAAACAGAACAAAUGCCGACUGUGUAAGCUCAAGGCCUUCUUUCUGAAACUCAACACUGGAAUCAUGUCCAGUCGCAUAUGAUUCGCGUAGAUUCAACUGUAGAUCAUCGAGCCAAUCCGCAAUGAGGAAACCCCACAAGCAUGAAACGCAAAAGUGACGCCGCCAAGGACGCGAGCUAACAAUGUCAUUGUGUUAUCAAUGACCGGUGUCUGUUGCUUCGAUUAGUCACAAAUCUCUUCAACUAAAGUACAGGGUUGCCUCACUUUUUGCAGGUAAUACAUCCCAACAACUUUUUUUUGAAUAUUUUGUUGAAUGUGGAGUGAUUGUAACUUAACAGUCAAGAGUCUGUACAACUUUUGAUAUGAAUCUUAAAUGUUCAAAAGCCCACUGGUACUUUUUAUAUUUGAAACCAUGUGCGAUGGAGGGUUUUCUCUGGUUUAAUAGAUUUUUUUCUAGUAUUCUACGAGCUC